AUGCCAUCCUCGCACGACGUAGCAGCCCUUCCGCCAAAUCGCACGCGCUUCACGUAUCAGACCCUCGGCCCGAAUUCCGUGUCCCCAUCGCAUCUCAGCGCAGAGUCGCGUUAUAGCACGCUCGGCGCCGGCUCCGGCGGGCCGACGCAGCGCAUCAGCCACAUGUACCGUGGGAGCGACGACUCGGGCCGGCCCGUCGCGCACUCUGCCGAUUCGUCGCUGUCGCUGCUCAGCGGACAGCAUCCUCAAGAUUUCGACUCGCCCCCGCCGUACCUCGAUGCCAGCGCCAGCAGUAGCAGCGGUGGGCCUGCUGCCGGCCCUGUCCCCUUAGCGCCGCUACGCAAGGGCCGUCGUCUGUCAUGA